AUGUUGAUUGUAAGGAAGUCGUAUGACAUGUUUAGGAGUUUCAUAGUGAAGACGACAAGCUCGACAGAGAUAUCGUUCACAGUUACGAGUGAUGGAUAUGCUAUGCUUAUAAUUACCAACUUUGGCGAGGUAGUAAGUCGGCGCAAUUUCAGUUCUGAGAGAUCGUCUCUCUCCUCAAUCACGAUUCUCCACGUAAGCCUAAUGGUAGUGUCUCCUUCUCGUCUUUCCGUUUGGUUGUCAGGAGGAGGUCAAUUUUGUGCUUGGGGGGCUUCAAGUUGCCGUAUCAGAUGCGCCGGCUCCGAUGAGGAUCUGGUAAAAGCGUGA